UCUGUCAAAAAUUGUCAUUUUAUUUUCGGCUUUCGUCUCCACUACAACAAGCCAAAUCCACUCCAAAAUUCAGUUUUAAUACUAUCAAAAUUAAAAUAUUUUAAAUUAUUUCAUAAAUUAGAACAUGGAAUACAGCGGUGUUCGGCUACCCGGAAUUUUUUGUCCAGAUGAAAGCAUUGAGCAAUUUGCGAGACUUUACGGAAGUGAUAAUUUUAGCAAAAUGAUGAUAAUGGCCACGACCAGUCCUCCGAGGACUGUGCAGGCCACAACUCAUUCGCCUCCAGGAAUGAUGGAGGGGAAUCCGUCCGGGUUUUAUGGGAAUGCAUCAACAGCACACGACCGAAACUUAAAAGUUCAUCACCGACAUACUACUAAUAAUGUGCAGGCAUCAGUAAUCCCAUCCUAUCCGCAACCGGGAAUGAUGGGUCCGUCUAGGUUUCAUGGAACUCCACCACUAAUUCAGGAUCGAUAUUUGAAAAGUAGUUCCCGGUAUCAUGCAAACGCUUCUCAAGGAUCUGGGGCCCUGCAUAGAGGCUGUGGUGACUACUACAGUCAUUCGUCUACUUUGCAGAACUAUAAACCUGAAUAUCCUGCGAGACCCGCUCAAUCGGGAACCCAGAAUCCGGGAGAAGUGCGCUGCAAUACUCAGCACUAUCAGCAUCUGGAUUUUUAUUAUCCACCUCCACCUGGACCCAGAUUUCCCUGGCUUUAAAUCACAUUUUCCAUGCAAAUCCAUUCAAAAAUAAUCAAAUCGCUAGAUUGUAAGUUUUGUUGUUAAGAAGUUUAACCAUGGCGUGCAUUUCUGUAUCGAAAUUAUUAUUUGGUAUCACAACUCAGUGGUGACUGUGUAAAUUAUAUAUAAAACUUUA